CGUUAGGGAACAAAUCAGCAGUGAGAAAAUAAAUCGGUGUCAUUACGUUACAUGAGAGCUAACCAAUCUGGUUCGAUCUUUAAAGAGGGGGCUCUUUAGUUUGGAGUAGCAUUGUUCACAACCGACAGAAGGCUAAAGCUAGUAAGAGGUAUGUCUCCAGAGGAUGAACUCCAAAGUCCCCCCCUUGGUUUCAGCUCUACCAGGGAGGAUGUCAGUCUGAGCUGUGGUGAUCUCGAUAGCUCUCAUGAGCUAGGGAGAAGGAGCAGAGCACGCAGCAGUCUUCACACAGGAACCCCAGAGGCUGACAUCAAUUGUCAUGGAGACAAAAGCCCUUUCCUGAAAAUACUGAUGGAUGCAGAAGCAGCUGCCAACUCUGCUGCCAUACAACUUGUGUCUUUUAAAGAUGCCAUAGAAGAUGAAUAUGCUGAUUCGAGACAGUCUGCCAUUGAUAAGCGCCGAAUUGCAAGGCAGAGAGGACUUUUGCUGGAGAAGUUGGAGGAUUUUAGACGACUAAAUAAGUCUGUUCGACAGAAACUGAAACAGCUCCAAGAUUCAGAGGCUGAUCGAAUUAAUGCCGACCAGCAAAUUGACAUUUUAUUGAAGAAGAUCACACAGGCUGAGAUUGAAAAUGAGCAUUUAAAAAGAGAUUUGAGUCAGACAGAAAGAAGAGUUGAGGAACUGACGGAUCUUCGGAGAGAAGAGCAGGAGAACAUAAAGAGUGCAGUUCACAUGACCAAGUCUGUGGAGGCGACUCGUGCUCACCUGCAGGGGCAGCUGCGCAACAAGGAAGCUGAAAACAAUCGUCUGACUGUACAGCUACGGACUUUGGAGAGAACCCUGAUCGAGCAAAAGAUGGAGAUUGAUGAUCUGAAAAGCUCCAUCACCUUUUUGACUGAGAAGGCAGCACAGGACAAAGAGUCUCUCAAGAAAGCCACCCGAGCACAGAAACUGAGAGCUGAGAGAUUUGAAGCCGCCAUUGAGAAAUGCUAUGCGCAAUUGAAGGAAAAAGAUGCUGAGCUGGCCAACGCCCGUUUAGAAAGAGACUCCAAGAGACAGCAAAAGGAGCAGAUGAUAGAUGCGAAUGACAAACUUGUAGCUCAUAUAGAGUUGUUGAAAAGUCAAAUUGCAGACUUGACAGCAAGGCUGCAGAAGGAGAAGGACGAGAUCACUGCAGCCAAUGAAAUUGUGAUGCAACGUGUUGAAAAACUCAGCGCUGAAAAUGGAGACCUCAGCGUCAAUAAUGCAACACUCAAGGCAUCUGUUGCUCAGUUGGAGCAGCAGCUGGCUGAUUGCGAGUCUGACCUGGUAGAAGAGAAGGUUGUGUCUCAGGAGAGGAAACAUCAAGCUGAACAGUGCCAAUAUCAGGUUGCAGAGCUUCAAGCUGAGAUUAAUGAUCUGAGGAUAAAAUAUGCAAAUCUUUUAAGAGAGAUAGAGAAGACACGAGAUGGUAAAGAUACAGAAGUUGAGAAGGUGAGGCAGGAGCUGCAGGGGCGUGUGGAGGAACUGAAGUCUUACCCCGAGUUACUGAGUGCAGCUGAGCAGAGUCUCUUUGAGUGCCAGGAGAACCUGCAACGCUUGGAGAGGAAGUGCUCAGAAAAGUCAGAGUCCAUUAGGCAACUGCAGGUUAAGAUGGAGAGUCAGACAAAAUUGCUGAGAUCAUCUGUGGAGAUGAAAGAGUCCAUGCAUGAGGCCAAUUUACAACAACAAGAGAAAGUGAAUUCUCUUCAAAAGCAGAUGGACAAGCUGCACCAGGAGAACCUGGAGCUGGUACGGAGGCUCGCAGCUCAGGAGGAAGCUCUCAGCUACAGUAACCGGCAACUGGAUCAGCGCUCAUCAGAGUCCCAGGCCCUCAGCCGGCAGCUGGAGGCAGCUUUAUCAGACGUCAAACAACAGGUCAACAAGGUAAAAGACCAGGCUGUUUCCAGACAAGAGGCCCUUCAGACCAAAAUCCUGGCGCUGGAAGCCGAGAAGAGCAGAAGGGAUAAUGAGCUGAGGCUUCUUCGCCAGAGCAAGCUCACUGCAGAGAAACAGUUUGACAUGCGUCUGAAGGACCUGCAGCUCAGCCUGGACCAAUCAGAGAGUCACAAGCAAAGCAUUCAGAACUACGUUGAUUUUCUCAAAAACUCCUAUAAGACGAUGUUUGAUGAGGGACUGCAAACAUCAAGUUUUGGAUCAUCAUAUUUUCUAAAAUGAUUAAGGAUUCAUUCAUCUGUUUGCAUUUUAAAAUUUGAAUUUAUUUAUUUGGGGGAUUUUUGUGUACUGUAAUAUUUAUAAGGUCUAUUUAAAAAAAUUAGAAUCACUUUUUUUUUUUUUUUAGAGGAAGUAAAAGCUUAUUUUGGUAGAUUUGGACUAUCUUUCGAUAUCUACUUCUACAUUUAGCUGACAAUCUGGGACUUUUUUUAGUUGAGAGCGGUUUUGAUACCUGGGUUUAGCUCAUGUCCCAAGAGACGUUACAUGAUAUUUUCACAUGUAUAUGCAAAAUUUGGACUGUGAACUCUUGGUGCUACUGUGUCUUAUUCCCAUACGACAAGGAGCCAGUUGCAUAAAUUUAGUUUAGUCUGAACUUUAGACUUCUGGUAGAUUGUUGAGUAAGUCUCUUGCAUAAACUUUACUGACUGACUUACUAAUUUAGAGUUACUAUAACUAGCCACAAACCCUCUUUCUAAGUUUGAGUUAAAAACUAGUUGUUAAAGCAAUAUGUUUGAUUAGACAGAACAGACAUGUUGCCUUUAGUUAGCUGUUUAACACCUUAAACAAGAGUAACAGUAAUCAGCAUUUUUCACUAUUUUCUGAUAUUUCAUAGACUGAAAUGAUUAAUCAUAAAAAUAAAAGGGGUUUCCAGCUGGAGAAAAAUAAUGUGCCACUAGGUGGAACUGUUUUGUUAGCCAGCUUUUCGCUUCUGUCAAGUGUCUCAUUUGACCCACAAUGCAUUGUGCGCUUGGUCGUCAGUCUUACCUUAGUCACUACUAUAUAAGUUCUAACAGUGUAAAAAAGUGUAAGACUAGGUCUACCUUUGUGCAACUGGCUCCAGGUCAAACUUGUUUUUUUGGGGGGGCGGUUGAAGCUGUACAUACACCUAAUUAUGAAAGCAAUUAUUACCAAUACAAGUAGUGCUUGAAAACCAAAUAUCGUGGGUGCAUAUGUCCCCGCCAAGUUUACCUCUGGUGGAAUAAACCACAUUUUUCCAUGGUGCUCCAUUUAAACAUGAAAUAUGCUCCAACUUUGCUCCCACUUAAAUCAUAAUUCUUCUGCUGUGACUGACACAUGUAUCCUGCUGAUGCUGAAAACAAUCUUGUGUUGUCUUGUCUGUUUUUGUCAUAGAAAAUGUGUGAUGUAUAUCGAAUGUGUUUCUUGAUUCUCAGCUGGACUGAGAUGAGUGAUACUGAAAAUCAGUUGUUUAGCUGUCAGCUGUGAAGCUCAUGCCUUUAGGGUUGCAAACAUAAUACUGAGAUUAUUACUGAUACAUGCAACACUGGGAUAUUUCCAAACCACAGUUGCUCUGUUUGCUCUCGUGCUUUUGUAAUGGAAGGUUUUAUAUUACUGAGGUGUAGAGGCAAACACGAGAACACAGGUAUCUGCUGCAGCAUGAUUUACCUAAAAACUUAACUAGUCUCUUGUCUCGUACUGUACGUGGAUCUUCUUGUUCUGCUGUUGUUACUUGUUGUCCCAUACUGUAUGUAUGGUAUUAAACUUUGAUGGGCCCAGA